AUGCGACUUCCGCUGACGGGUUGCUGUAGAAACCGGGCCUUGCACCGCGGGCCUCCUCGACCCUCACGCUUUCCUGUCCUGGUUGCCCAGGGAGGGGUCUAAACUCACCGCAGCAAUCGAACUUUGGGCCUAGGAAGGCUUCAACCCCAGGCCCCGGGACCACUCUGCCGUGGGUCAGCGGUCGGGCACACUUUUCUCACUCCUACCCGUUGCGCCUCCACUGGCCCAGAGCUUAUAUUCUCUUAAAAUAGACACAAAGUGCUGGAGUAACUUAGCGGGUCUCUGGAGAGAAGGAAUGUGUGACGUUUCUGGUCGAGACCCUUCUUCUUUUCCCUCACCCUGGUUAGGGAUCAGGCGCCUCUUGUAGUCGUGGUACUGAUUGUGGAUGAUCAGCCAUGAUCACAUUGAUUGGCGGUGCUGGCUCGAAGGGCCGAAUGGCCAACUUUUGCACCUAUUGUCUAUUGAUUAGGGUUUCUACCUUAUUCCCACCCCUAAUCCUGUUCCCCUCUUCCCUCCACUCUCGGGCAGUAGUUGGUGUCUACAAUCUGUGGACAUGAGCAAUAGCAGUCAAUGCAUUGUGGAUCCUCUUAACUUUCAACUACCUUCCUUGUACAGCAUACCCCUCCACCUAUUCCUGAUAGCCCUUUUCUCGUCUGAACAGCAGCAUGUCUAUCACUCUCAGGCCAUCAUCUUUUUGUGCCCCCCUCCCCCCAUAGUUACCGUGAAGGACAUGUCCCCAAAAUAAUCCAAUGGGAUUCAUCUCUGGAUUUGUACAUGAUUUCAGUGAAUGUGAAUGUGAAACAGAAUCAGAAGUAGACCUUUCACACAGCCCCAUGAUUCAGUAAGAUUAUGGCUGGCCUUAACAUCCACAGUACUUUCCUUACACUAACAAAAUGUCCUUGGACAUAGUUGAUAUUACUUACUAAUUUAUUGAGCACUUUUUUGAUUAUAGCCAGCAACGGAGGGUUUGCAGUCCUCUGGUUCACAUGGGAGUUCACUCUCUUUAUUCCUGAUUACCAUCCACACCUCAACUUUCUGAGAUCAUAUCUGUUUUAUCACAUUGUGCUGGGCUGAGAAAAAAAAAACAAGGAAAGGAAUUCAAGUUCUCUCAGUGAAAAAAAAAGUGGAUGAAAUGUUAGUAUAAUACACUGUAAAUGUGCUUUCAUGUUUCUUUCUGUUUAUUCAGUGUAUUGGAGUGUAGAAGAACCUGGUGGAGUUGGACUAAGCACAGAAUAAGCAAUGGGUGAACGGAAGGGUGUGAAUAAAUAUUACCCACCCGACUUUGAUCCUGCCAAGCAUGGCUCCCUCAACAAAUACAAGAACAGUCAUCCUCUCCGGGAAAGGGCCCGGAAACUAUCCCAAGGCAUCCUCAUCAUCCGGUUUGAGAUGCCAUACAACAUCUGGUGUGAUGGUUGUGGAAAGCACAUCGGAAUGGGUGUUCGGUACAAUGCAGAGAAGAAGAAAGUUGGAAACUACUACACAACCCCCAUUUACAGAUUUCGGAUGAAGUGCCACUUGUGUGUCAACUAUAUUGAGAUGCAGACAGACCCAGCGAACUGUGACUAUGUGAUUGUGAGUGGAGCCCGGCGGAAGGAGGAGCGCUGGGACAUGAAGGACAACGAGCAGAUUCUCACAACUGACCAUGAACAGAAGAAGAAGUUGGAAACGGAUCCCAUGUACAAGCUAGAACAUGGAGUAGGGGACCAGGAGAAGCUGAAGAUUGCUGUUCCCACCUUGUCCAAUAUCCAGGAUAUGCAGAGUGCAUGGAAGGAUGACUUUGCCAUCAACAGCAUGCUACGCAAGAAAUUCCGGGAUGAGAAGAAAGUAUUGAAAGAGACGGAAGAGAAAGAUGAAGCUCUUCGGAACAAAGCAAAUCUCAGCAUCCCACUGCUCGAGGAGUCUGACGAAGAUAAACGCCUGGCAUCCCUUCUUAAAUUGCGUGUUCUAGACUCCUAUGAAGACAAGCAGAGAAUGAAGCGGAAAGAGAUCACUUCGAGGUCCUGGUUUGCUGCCCCUCAAGUCACAGUAGGAGAGAAAACUGCAGAUGUGUUGAAGAAACUGGGACUGAACAAAAUAUCGACAGCCAAAUCUUUAAAUAGCCCAAAUGGAAUUGCCGUGAGUGACCUGGGAAUAAUCCGAAAGAAAUCAGCGGAGCAUCCAGUGAGCCAGAAGGAACGGGCAGACAUGUCCAGCAGAGAUUCACAGCCCAUGAUGGAAACAGAGAGCGGAAUGGAUCAAGAGAGUUUUGUUUCAAACUGUUUGAGUCAAGCGAGAGACACCUGCUAUAAGGGGGAAGCUGAAUCUCCCCCACGGACUGAAGCUAUGACAGAUGCAGAGCGAGAUGUCAGUGCCAACUCACUUGUGGCUGACUAUUCUGAUUCCAAUUCCGAUGCAGACAGUUCCUGAGCUAUGCAUGAUUGUAAAUAAUUGUUUGAUACUCCCGACUUGUAAUGUACUCCUGUGAAAUAAAUAAAUUAAUAAGUGCGCUGAAACUAA